UUCCCCCUCCCCCCCAUGUGGCUCUUGGAGAAAGCUGGCUACAAGGGAGGGAGUGAAGAGCCUGGGACACCAUGGAAGCCCCACGUCUUAUUCUCCAGGAGAAAGCCCCCUGGGACUUCCCCUUCCGCUUGCCCUAAUGUCUUGACCCCAGACCGAAUACCUCAGUUUUUUAUCCCCCCCAGGCUCCCAGGCAUGGGGUGUCCUGAACCCGGGACCGAGAGAGAAACAGACUGGACUAGGGGACAAGAACUCCAAGGCGCCUGCUCCCUGCCCCAUCUGACCGGACGGGAAGGCUGGACAUUUCUUCUGGAGAGUCCCCACACCCGUCGCCGAGAGUCCCUUUUCCACAUGUCCCCAACGGCCUCUGGCUCAGAGGGGCUCCCGCUCAAGCCCCGAAAGCACCUCUCAUCCCCGGACCUGCGCCUCUGCUUGGCCCUAGAGAGUGACCUGGCCCCCUCGCCCGACCCUUCACCCUUCAGUUCACCCCAGCCGGACCCUCCCAGACCCCACCUGGGCUCCCCCAGCGUGCAUCCCUCCAGACCAGGCUCCCUGUCCCCAGAGGAGGAGAGCUCCACGGAUACCGGCCCCCAUGUUGCCCACCACCUGGGUCCCCCAACACCACCCCUCUUCCACCUGGAUUUUCUGUGCUGUCAGCUACAGGUGACUAAAGAGAGCCUGGUGAGGCUGGGCCCCCGGGGCGGGCAGCUGAGGUUGUCUGCUGAGUACCAGGCGGGAUUGGGGCAGCUGAGGCUCCGGCUCAUCAGUGCUGAAGAGCUGCCCAGGGGCCGAGGAGGAGCCAAGGGAAGCAGCGGAUGCUGUGUGGUGUUCCGGCUGAGGCCGGGGAGCUGGCCGCAGGGCCAUCGCAGUAGGGUGGUCAAGUGUAGCUCCAACCCCAUCUUCAACGAGGACUUCUUCUUUGAGGGUCUCAAACCCUCCGACCUGACCACCCACACUCUGAAGGCCAAGGUGCUGGACAAGGGAGCCGGCCUUCGGAGGGAUGUGUUACUAGGAGAGUGUGAGGCCCCCCUGGUCACCCUCCUCCCCACCUAG